CGGCGUGGUCGAUGCGCCAUCACAAUUCUCUUGCUUCUCUCGAAGGAAGGAACUCCGUUAAUCGUUAAUCGAGCAACAUGUCUGGUCGUGGAAAGGGUGGCAAAGUUAAGGGAAAGGCGAAGUCUCGUUCCAACAGGGCGGGACUGCAGUUCCCCGUGGGUCGUAUCCACCGUUUGCUGAGGAAGGGAAAUUACGCGGAGCGCGUUGGCGCCGGUGCACCGGUCUAUUUGGCCGCGGUCAUGGAAUAUCUUGCCGCUGAAGUGUUGGAGUUGGCCGGUAAUGCCGCCCGUGACAACAAGAAGACUAGAAUCAUACCCCGUCAUCUGCAACUCGCCAUCCGCAAUGACGAGGAGUUGAACAAGCUAUUGUCUGGCGUGACCAUUGCCCAAGGCGGUGUCCUACCGAACAUCCAAGCCGUACUGUUGCCGAAGAAGACCGAAAAGAAAGCAUAAUUAUAAUUCAACCAUCCAUCACAAAAAAUGGCCCUUUUCAG